UUUUUGAGCGCGUUGUUGGCAGUCGAAAAUUGAAAUGGAGCUGCCAGGAGUCCUUGUUUUGGUUCUGGGCAUCAUCAUCCCAUUGGGAUCCCUGGGAGCUGUCCACGAUGAGCUGCCCCAGUGCGGUCUGCACGGUGUAUACAGGCAGCGCCAGAGUCUCGUGGAAUCACCCAACUAUCCGGACAACUAUCCGGUGAACACCUGCUGGGACUAUGUGGUGCGAUCCCCCUACCGCUGCCCCACCAAGUUUCACAUCCAGUUCCUGGACUUUAAGCUGGAGAUCUCGGAGAACUGCAGCCGGGAUUACUUGGCCAUUGGAUUGGACAAUGAUGGCGAUGACAUGGACGUGUUAUGCGGUCAGGUACUGGGAAUCAAGAAGUAUCAUACUCCCGAUGGAGUCCUGCGUCUGCGUUUUUUAAGCGAUGAUUCUCCUUGGACAACGAACGGUGGCUUCCGCCUCCUCAUCACUCGUUUGGCCUGCGAAAGGGAGGACCUGGUGGCCAGGGGUCUGGAUGAGGAUGAGGAGGAUGUUGACGGAGACACGGUGCAGGUGAUUUCCAAGUCACCUCCCAAGAAGCUGCACCACCACCACCACCUGCAACAGCAAUCUCCGCAGCAGCAGCAGCAGGAGUCAGGUUUUAACUAUACGCAGCCAAAUCGCUUGGGUUUCGACUUGGGCUUGUCACCUGGCCUGGGUUAUCCUGCAGGAUUUUAUCUACCCCCAGCGGGAUUAUAUCCCCAACCUGUACCACCUUGUGCACCCCAGCAGCAGCAGCAACAUCAGCCACUUUUGCAGCAGCAGCAGGAACAGCAGCGAUUCCUGCAGCACCAGCAACAUCAACAGUUUCUGCAGCAGCAACAGCUCCUGCAGCAACAGCAACAACAAUUUCAGCAGCAACAUCCCCAGCAGCAACAGCAACUGCAACAGCAAUUCCUGCAGCAACAGCAACUGCAACAACAACAGCAGAUCCUGCAGCAGCAGCAGUUCCCGCAGCAACUUCAGUUCCCCCAGCAGCAACAGCAGGAGUUGCCCCUGAUCUCUGACCAAUAUCAGACCACAUCCUUUCAACCGCAUGCCGUAACGCUCAAGGAUUACGAUUCCCAAACCUUACAGCAGUUUGGAGGUCAGUUGGAUCUCUGCUGUGCCAGCAGCUUCAAUCAGAACCACUUCUAUCUCUCCAGUCCCGGAUUUCCCAGAACCGUCCUAAACUAUCUGCUGCCCAAUCAGCAAAGAGAUUGUGUUUUCUACAUAGAAAAGAGUUCGCCAAAUGUCUGCCGUUUGAGGAUACAGUUUAAAUACUUUGAUUUCGGUCAUAAUUCAGGAGGUUCAAUUGGAGGCUCUUUUGGCGGGGGAUAUGGAGGAGGAGUUUCUGGAGGAUUGAGUGGUGGAGGAUUCAGUGGCGGAGGAUUUGGAGGCCAACAAAACUGCAAUGGUGACUUCCUGGAACUGGAUGGUCAGCGAUACUGCGGCUGUCGCUCGGGAUAUGUGCACAAAUCGCACUGGGAUCAGGGCCGCAAGGCGCUGCGCAUGCGCAUUGGACAGUCGAGCAGCACCACCUCCAAUGGCUUCCUGCUGGAGAUAUUCCAGGACCAGGACUCGGAUGGCUGUCGACAAGAUGCAAACUCUGGAUUUGGAUUGGGCCUGCAACAACAACAGCAGCCACAGCAGCCUCAAAGGGGCUUGGGCUUGUGGCCCCAAGUGGGCUUACAGCCUCAAUUGGGCUUACCACCACAAACACCGCAAUUGUGGCCUGGAUAUCCUGGCUAUGUGACUGGUUAUCCUUUGCCCUUCACUGCUACUCCUUACCGAACGGCCAGAAGGAUCUCCUACGCCCGCGGAAUCGAUGCCCAGCAGCCUUCCAGAGUGGUGGAAACGAACUCUACUCGGAAGGAAUUUUACUACUUUGAUGGCGACGAGGCCUUUGCCCGUUCCGCUUUGGAGGAUGAGGAUGAGGACAAGGCCUCUUUGGGGGUCACAACCCAAUCACAAUCCCUAUCAAAAACCGAAUCUCCAGUGGUCACGAAAGCCUUCGAGCAAAGCAGCUGCUCCUUUGAUUACAUGGAGGUCCUUAAACUAUCCGUCGACACUCUCUGGUUAACGAAACCCUUGUGUUUUUCACCUCUGAGAAGCUGGUUCCCUAACAUUUUUGGUUAACUGGGAAACGAAAGAUAUACCAUUUAAUUUAGCUGAAAAUUUUUUAA